AUGAUAACAAAUAGUAAUUUGGCUUCAGUAAAAGAAGCGCGUUUUAAUGAUAGUUUUUUGUUUUUUGGAUCCACUGGAUUGAUUGGAUCUAUGGCACUCGAGAACCUUCUCAAUGUUGAUCUGUACCUGUACAAUACACAAGAUCUGCAAAGAAGGGUAGACGGGUCGGCUCAAAAUACACGCAACUUCAAUUUCGAUAAAAUUGUAUACUGUAUGAAUAGGCGAUUCAAUACUACCGAGACACCCCAUAAAAAUGAACAUAUUGCGAACAAUUCUAGGAUUCAAAAGAAACAGAUUACACUAGGUAAGGAGACAUAUUUCCUGAGAAACAGUACAUCGUCUUCGCCGCCGCAGUCACAAUCUACAAAUAUCUCCUUGACAAAUGAUGCCCUGCAGGAGAAUGGAGUCAUCACAGUCAGUUCAAACAUUCACACCUAUGGAACCUCAUUUAUUUAUCGGUUAUCCAAGAGGAAACAUCAACUGGAGUUUCAUUCCGGUGGAGGAAAGAUCGUAUCCAUAGUUUUCCAGUUUUAUCAUGUCGAAAUCGUACAUCCAGAGUCUUCGGAAUGGGGUGACUUAAUGCCCUUAAUCUUCAAUGGAAAUCAUAAACUGACGCCUGACAAUGCCAAGAAGAGCUUUUUUCAGGGUCCGCUACCUAGCCUAGAGCAAAUAUCUACUAUGGUCUGUACCCUUGGUUCAAACGCCAACCGAGCAAGGAAGAGCGAAUUGUCCAGAUCUUACGUUGAUUAUCAUUUGACGUUUCAACUGGUUAAAAACUUUGCCGUGUCCAAUGGUAAGCGGUUGGUGAUUGUGACUUCCUUCAACAAUUCAGUGAUUAGGCACAUUUUCCCUUAUUUCAAAACAAAAUCAAAAUUAGAAUCUGAUUUACAGGAAAAAAUCGUUCCAGAGUUGGCUCAUUUGACAAUCGUAAGGCCUGGUCCACUUAUCGGAACGCACCCUAAGCCUAAAACAAAUGAGAAAACCUUGGUCCUUCGAAAAUCGUCAUAUUUCCCCAUGCAAUUGCUCUUAUGCAAAAAAUUCUGUUGGGAUUAUAAGAAGUCAUUGUUAGCAGAUAUCAAUCGUAUUGGACUCAAAACAAAAGCUUCUGAGCUUAUCGCAAGAGCAAUGUAUCGCAAACCAGGUUCUUGGCUACUGGGUUACUGUAUCCCCGCUUCUAAAACAGCUCUAGUUGUUUCGAUGAGGGCCAUUGAGCCUGUCACGGACCAUUUAGCCAAAUCGUGCGAGAUCAUCACUAGCGAGCAGCUCGAUUACAUUGUGUAA